AUGUCAUCUACUCAACGUCAUUGUGCUGCUUGCCAUAUGCUUGGACAUAGCAGAAGUACUCAUAAGCAAUAUCUCAUGAACCCAAAGAACAUUUCUCUCCACAUUCCUCAAAAGAGAACUAAUGUAGAUGAAUAUCCUACAGAAAGUAGCCAAACUGCUGCCUUGAGAAUAAGAAUUGAGCCUGUCCAAGACCAAAAUUUGGACAUAGAAACAUCGACUUCUAUUUCAGUUUCUGAGUUGACUGAAUUUCCACUCGCAAAUGAGACUAUUACUGAAGUUCUUGAAGCAGUCAUGGAAGAAGAGAUUGAGGAGACUUCAUCUGAUGAAGAAGUGACUGGAAGAGAAGAAGAAGUUGAGGAGAUUUCAACUGUGAAUAGAGAAUCAAUUUUACCCUAUUGUCCUCACUGUAAUGGAACUGAUCAUUGCCGAAUUACAAGCAGAUUUUGUCCAAACAAUAACAGUAGCAGAGCAAGAGGAUCUAGAAAUCGAGGCAGAGGCUUAAAUAAUAUUGCCCAACUUCCAGCUAUUUCAGAAUCAGCAGUUGAUAACAAGGGAGAUAUGGAUAUCGAGUGUCAAUUUUGUGGGGCAAUGAUGUGGGCACAUGAAAAAAACAGUCAUUCUUCUUUAAGAAGCCCCACGUUCUCUAUGUGUUGUAACAAAGGAAAGCAUGUUCUCCCCCAAAUUGAGCCAACACCUACAGGAAUUUCUGAGCUUUUGAACUAUAGAACACGUGAUGGAAAGAAGUUUCUUGAAAACAUUCAAAGCUAUAAUAGUACAAUGAGCUUUACUUCUUUGGGAGCUAAAAUUGAUACCUCUGUUGGCAACAAUAUCAAUGGGGCAUACAACUUCCGGAUUCACGGAACAAUUUGUCAUAGAAUUGGAUCUAUUUUGCCAGUGACAGAAUCUGAUAUUGCUCACCCAAAAUUCGCUCAGAUCUAUAUUUAUGAUAGUGCUGCUCAGAUAGAUCAAAGACAGUAUCAUUCCCCACAAUUGGAGAGAAGUUUUUUAGAGAAGAUUCAGUCCAUUCUUAUGGAAACAAAUCCAUUUGUACAUCUCUUCAGAACAAUGGAUCAAAUUUCUUGGGAAAAGGGACAAUCUAUAGAUCUCACUUUGCGUUUAGUAGCUGAGGGGCCUCGGGAUCAAAGACAGUACAAUGCUCCAACUGCAAGUGAAAUAGCAGUUCUUAUUAUGAAUAAUGAAGAGGGUACUUCAAGAGACAUUGUGCUGCAUACCAGAGCCAACUUCCAACAGAACAUCAAUGAGUACCACCAAUCUUAUGAUGCUUUACACUAUGUGCUACUCUUUUCACAUGGUGAAGAUGGUUGGACCAUUGAUGCCAGCUCAUUGUCAGGAGAGCAUGUUACAGUAAUGCAAUAG